AUGAUACUUAGUAAUAGUGAUACUGGAAGAGCGUCCACGAUUUCUACUUCAUAUGGUUCGGCUUGUGAUCAAAAAGACCAAAAAAGUGAUAAUGAUGUGGAAAAUUGUUGCGAUAUUGAAUCUUCUAAUAAGAAUAAGCAGGAAGAAAUAGAAAUGGAAGAUGAAGAGGGAAGUAAUGAUUCAAAACGCGUGCGUCAUCAUCGCGAAUCAGCAGAAGUUGCUAAAAAACGAUUGAAGUUAGAUCUAAAAAGUUCUGUUGAUCGUGGAAUUGUAGAGAACGGUUCAGAAUCGAAUGAAUCGAGAGAGGGUUCUUGUGAACGCAAUGAUUGUGGUCCUUUAAAAAACUGUGCUUUGGGUGUUUCAUCCAUGUGUUAUGGUCAAGAAAAUAGUGGAAGUACACAUCCUGUAGAUGGAAAUUAUAACUACAAAACUUUCCAUCAUAUUUCGAAAGGCGAGCACGUUUGUUGUGCAUGCUAUGAUGAGAUAUGGAAGCCUGGUCGAACAGGUAAUGAUCGUUUCAAUGAGUGGAAAGGGAAAUGGGCUUCUGAAAGUCGUUGCACCCCAUGUGUACGACUGUAUAUUCAGGACCAGUUACUUCCAUUCUGGUUGCAGUGCAGACUUUGCAAAAAGUUCAGGCAUUUAUCAACUACUGUGACUAGUAUAAAUCGUGAGGACGUCAAGAAAUUUGUUUGUGCUAGUCAAAUUGAAGCUGAUAGAGAUGACUUAAACGACCCAUGUGGCGUUAAAGAGGAAGAGUGUGUUCGUGAAGCUUCUGAAACGUUAUGGAUAAAGUCGGUCAGUAUUCCACCUUUACUACAUAAUUCACCUGCAGCUCCGUUUUUACAACAUGAAUAUUACUAUGAUGAAGUGGGCAUUAGUCCUACUAAUGAAAUAUUCGAACAUCAAAGUGAGGAUGCAAUUCGGGAUUUUAUGCGCCCAUUUAAUAUUCCACAUGAACAGUCGAUGGCAUUUUGUUUACGACCGGAUGUUAUGGAAUACGAUGAAUUACACAGCUUUCCGGAAUAUGCUACUGAACCAGUUGCUUAUUUAGCUAUGCGGAAUCUGGUCAUUGCUUUAUGGAAUCUUAAUCCAUUUCAAUAUUUAACUGUUGAAUGCUGUAUUCCGUAUCUAAUUUGUCGCGGCCUUGCACGAGUUUGGUAUAUUAAUGAAUUAAAUCGAGUCAUCAAGUUUCUUACUCUCAAAUCUCUCAUCAAUUACGGUGUGUUAAAUUUCCCGAAAACUUCGGUGUUUACAUCAACAUAUAAUGAUAUGGAAGUGGUCAUUGUUGGAGCUGGAAUUAGUGGCUUGACUGCAGCUCGACAGCUUCGUUCAUUUGGUGCUCGGGUUAAAGUUCUUGAAGCAAAGGGAAAAUUAGGCGGGCGAUUAUUGGAUGAUUGGUCUUUAGGCGUUGCAGUUGGCAGCGGUGCACAGCUUAUCACUGGAAUUAUUAACAACCCGAUUGUCUUAAUGUGCGAACAGAUAGGUGUUGUUUAUCGAGCGGUAAAAGACGAAUGUCCGUUGUUGGAUGCAGGAACUGGAAAGCGAGCAUCAAGCAUUUGUGAUCGAGUUGUCGACGAACAUUUUAACUGUUUACUGGAUUGUUUGGCCGACUGGAAACAAAAUGUAAAAGUUGGUGAUGAAAGUCUGUACGAUCGCAUAAUGGGCUUACAUAAUGCAUUCCUGAAAUCGACAGGACUGAAAUGGACUGAAGAAGAAGAGCGCAUGCUACAAUGGCAGAUUGGUAACGUGGAGUUUUCAUGUGGCUCGAAGUUAGAUGGUGUUUCGGCUCGUAAUUGGGACCAGAAUGAAGCAGUGGCACAGUUUGCUGGAGUUCAUGCUUUACUAACUGAUGGUACGUCGGAACUAAUGCGUCGAUUGGCAGAGGGUACCGAUAUUCGUUGUAAUCAUGAGGUAUCAAAGAUUGAAUGGCAGGGGCGAAAGAAAAUUCUCGUUAAAUGCAGUAAUGGAAAAAAGUAUUCAUGCGAUAAGGUUUUGGUUACUGCUCCAUUAGCUGUGUUACAAAAAGAAUUAAUCACAUUUGUUCCUGCAUUACCACCAACAAAAACAGCUGCUCUAAAGAAUUUAGGUGCUGGCUUAAUAGAAAAGGUAGCUGUGAAAUUUUCACGACGUUUCUGGUUGUCCAUUCUAAAAAGUGAUGGAACGUUGGAUUAUUUUGGCCAUGUGCCGAAAAAUGCUGAUGAAAGAGGACUUUUUAAUAUGUUCUACGAUUUUUCAACUCGUGGAAGUAAAAAUCAGCAUUAUGUUCUAAUGUCCUAUGUAUGUGGCGACUCGGUGAAUUUAGUAAAUGAAAAAAGUGAUGUGGAAGUAGUGGACAUUUUUGUAGAUACUCUUCGCGAUAUGUUUCCUCAAGAGAAUAUUCCGGACCCAGAAGGUUAUGUUGUAACACAUUGGGGUCGAGAUCGUCACAUUGGUAUGUCAUAUACUUAUGUUCGUGUGGGUGGUAGUGGCGAUGAUUAUGAUAAGUUAGCAGAGGAUAUCGACGGAAAGCUAUUCUUUGCGGGAGAAGGAACAAAUCGCUUCUUUCCGCAAACGAUGACUGGUGCUUGUGUAAGUGGUCUACGUGAAGCAGGAAAAAUUGCGAAUAGUUGGAUGGAGCAAACGUCAAAUUAG